CGUUUGGGGGUUCGAAAAUUCGAAUCACUUCCAGCAGGUCGGUAAAUCGGAGCUUUCUGAGCUUACCGACCGUGCAGGACGGUUGCCAGGGAGUUUGGCGUCCCUGGCAACGGAGACCACGUGUCCGAGGGGUUCGCGGUGGAGUCUUAUUGGCUUGUUUAUUGGGCGGUAAUAAACGCCGUUUGAACGUAAUAAUUUCCCCUCUUUCCUCCCGGCGUUUGAAUGGGGCCCGUAAUUCUCCGCCUCUCUUCUCUCCUCUUAUUCUUCUCUCCUUUUCUCUACAGCCGAUAUGUCCCCGUUGUUGUGUAGUGUACCAUCUCUCCGCGUGUAUAUAUAGGUAUAUACCUGCGGUGCAACGGCAACGGGAACGGCGGCAGCGAAACUUCUCUUCGAGGCCCCUAUGUGUGUACAUAAUAUCCACGCUGAGCUGUAAAAUGUUGGUUGGUUACAAAUCCAUUAAAAUGCUGAAUAGUCUUUAUUAUAGACAUAAAAGCCGCGUAUGUAACGCGCGACCCAGCAACAAUUUCCACCCGGCUUGGAACGUCGUUGCUCCUCACAAUCCUGCUAGUCUAGACCGAGCUCGCUCGGUUCAUCGUCGUUGGUUGUUGCAGCCGUUGCCGGUGAUACUCUCGUACUUAUAGACCCGCGAUCGUAAUUAACGCCGUGAUUGGGCGGCGGUUGCGUUUUUCGGUUAUUUUUGCCCGCGUAGAUGGAUAUCCAUAUAUAUUACAUACGUAUAUAAAUGAUAAUCUGUGCGUUUCAGGAAUAGCAACGAAAUAUCUCUACACACACACACAUCGUGUUCGCCGUCGUCAUUCGUCGACUAACUAACCUACGAUGCGGAAAGAGGAACAAUGGCGGCACGGCGCUCACCGGAUUAUUUGCACGAGCGCCAGCCGCCAUUUCCGCAAUCCCUUGCAGAGGUACCUCAGAAACCAUAUGAUCCCACCUGAUCGCGAGUGUUUUGCCGACCAGUACCGAGAGUCGACCAGCUGUGGUGGUGCGUUUCUUCUACCGUUGACGCUGCUGCUGCUGCUGCUGCUGCUGUAUAGAAAUUUUCAACUCCACCGGGUGCAAUGGUGCAUGAGAAGGCGAUCCUCAUCCUCUCAGCGGCUCCAGUAUCAUCGUCUGCUCAAACCGGCUCGAAGUCGAAUACCAUCCAACCGAGUGAGACUGGCUAACAAGUCCACGUGGAAAAUCACAGAUGGUGCGACCAACAAACGGUCGGCUUAAGGGCUCUAAUUGUAAAUCUAAACUUUGGAAGACAAACGGGCAGUCCACACGGUAGUGUUGUCCAACGUCAGCUAAGCAUCACGAUCCUCGGUGCAUCUACGUGCCAAUCACAACAUCUUGUGAAAUGAAUAAUUUGUAUAAAUAUGUUACAAUACAUAUAUAAACGAAUUAUGAACUUUUAUGGAAUUUUUUUUCUUGAAAACAAUUGAAUUAUCAAUUCAAUGAAAAUCGACAAAGAAUGUAUAUGUUACUUAUUAUUAAGAACUAUCGAUCUAUCCGUAAAAAUUAAUUCACGUUGAUCAUUAAGAUUUCCUUGAACAUAUGUAUUUCUGGCUGUUGAUUCACCA